AUGAAGGCGACCCCGUUGCUCAUCUCGUGGCACAACGACAACGCUCCCAUCUAUUCGGUCCAUUUUGACCCUCAUGGCAAAGGACGCCUAGCAACGGCUGGAAAUGAUAAUAAUGUCCGACUAUGGCGAGUGGAAUCGACAGGCGAGGAACGGAAAGUCUCGUAUUUGAGCACCCUGAUCAAACACACACAAGCCGUCAAUGUGGUGCGGUUUAGUCCGAAAGGCGAGAUGCUGGCGUCUGCCGGGGACGAUGGGAACGUCCUACUCUGGGUUCCCUCGGAAUUACAAACACAAGGUGGUCUGGGGGAGGACCGGUCGGAUGACAAGGAGACUUGGCGAGUCAAGCACAUGUGUCGCUCGUCCGGCGCAGAGAUCUACGAUUUGGCGUGGUCUCCGGACGGAGUCUUCAUCAUCACGGGGAGCAUGGAUAACAUCGCCCGGAUUUACAACGCGCAAACCGGACAAAUGGUGCGCCAGAUUGCCGAGCAUUCCCACUACGUCCAAGGUGUGGCAUGGGAUCCUCUGAACGAAUUCGUCGCGACGCAAUCCUCGGACCGAUCCGUACACAUCUACAGCCUGAAAACGAAAGAUGGUCAAUUCACCUUGACCUCGCACGGGAAAUUCUUGAAGACGGACUUGCCGGCCAAACGGAUUGCGUCGGGCAGUCCAGCUCCCCCAGACCUAUCGAUCCGCUCCCAGCCGGCCACCAGUAACGCGGCCGCCAUCACCUCUCCGGCGCCGUCCACACCCGGCACCCCAAUGGCCUCGAAUCUGCCCAUGGACCCUCCUCCCGUAUCGCACAGUCGAAGAUCCUCCUUUGGCUCCUCCCCAUCAAUCCGCCGAUCUGCAUCCCCUGCGCCAUCCUUGCCGCUACCUGCAGUCAAGCCGCUGGAAGUACCGUCACCAAGCGUUAUGAGCGGGCUAGGCGUCAAGAAUGCUAACAUCUACGCCAACGAAACCUUCACCUCAUUCUUCCGGCGCUUGACGUUCGCCCCCGAUGGAAGCCUGUUGUUCACGCCGGCCGGCCAAUACAAGACGUCGCAUUUGUCUGCCCCCGAUUCGGCGAAAACGACGGAUGAGAUCAUCAACACCGUUUACGUCUACACUCGCGCAGGCUUCAACAAGCCUCCCAUCUCCCAUCUCCCGGGCCACAAGAAGCCCUCGGUGGCGGUCAAGUGCUCUCCGGUGUUUUACACCCUGCGACAGGCCCCCCAGCCCGAGCGUCACAUUACUCUGGAUACAUCCUCCGGCGAAGAGACCUUUGCCUCUCUCCCCGAUCCCGUAGUAAGCUCCAUGGAGCCGCCGCCGUCAGCGACUGCAACGAGUGACCCCCCGAGAAGCAACCAGACUCCCAAAGACGACAGCCCCUCUUCCACCCCUACGCCAACCCCCGUUUUCAGUCUUCCCUACCGAAUAGUUUAUGCCGUGGCCACUCAAGAUGCCGUCCUGGUUUACGACACCCAACAGCAAACACCCAUUUGCGUCGUGAGCAAUCUGCACUUCGCCACCUUCACUGAUCUGACAUGGUCGAGUGACGGAUUGACCUUGAUUAUGAGCUCAUCGGACGGAUUCUGCUCGUCGCUGUCGUUUGCGCCGGGAGAGUUGGGUCAGCCGUAUAAUGCCCCGACGGCAACGGCACAGCAUGCCGGGAUAUCUGGCGUACAGGCGGCGGGUCACACCAGCGCGCCCCCGACGAAGCCGAGUCCAGUUGCGCCAGUCAACGCCGCCCAAGCGCCUCCGGCAAGCCCGGCGCGCUCGAAUUCCGUGUCAUCGGUUACCACGCAGCCCCCUGCGCAGCAAACGACGGGAUCCGUGGUUAAUAACCCAACGCCCACCCUGGGCUCCGUACCGCUCGUGACGGCGACCAACUCCUCGCAACCUCCCACACUUCCGCUGUCCACACCGCCGCAAACCCCCUUGUCUGCAGUCUCCCAGAGUGGGACAAGUUCAGUCAGCAACAGCGUCCUAGGCAAACGCCCGGGCGAGGCCGAAAAGGAGGAGGACCAAAAUUCGGUUCCACAGGUACAACAACCGAAAAAGAGACGAGUAGCACCGACUCUCGUCUCAGCCGGGACCGGGAAUGGGCCUUCUGCGGGCAACGAGUCGAAUAACACGGACGUUGGUAGCUAA